GCUGCGCGCCCCUGGACCCUGCGCCCCCUUCAGGCACCGAGACCCAGCCCUGCAAGUGACCAGCAAGGACCAUGGUGGCCAGCGGCGGUGCCAGCAGCAAGGCCCAGGCCCGCGCUCUGGAGGCCCAGGACGGCGGCUUCCCCGCCGGCGGCCUGCUCGGGGAUUGUGACUGCUGGGAUCACGUCGCCCCCGAGCCCAGCCUGGGCCAGGCGGUGUCCGAGGCGCCCGCCUGCCAGGGUUUGGCUCGGAUGCUGGAGAACUGUCUGUCGGAAGCGAAGAGAACCAGGCUGGGCUGCUCCCGAGUGCUGGUGCCCCGGGCGCUGACGCAGAGGGUGGCCCGGGACGUGCUGCGGCUGGCCUCCCCCGAGCCCUACGGCCUGCGCGGCUGCGUGCUGCAGGUGCACCUGGACGCCGCGGACGUGUGCAGGCCUCUGGCCAGGGUGGCGUGCGACCCCAGCGUGGUGCCCACCUUCGAGCUCACGCUCGUGCUCAAGCAGGACAGCUGCCCCUGGGCCAGCCUGCGGGACCUGCUCCUCGGCGGCCGCUGCUCCUCGGGCCUCAGGCGGACUCUGAUCCUGAGCCCGGGCUUUCGGCUGGUCAAGAGGAAGCUGUACUCCUUGGUGGGGACCACGGUCAUCGAAGAGAGCUGAGAAGGGGGUGUUUUGAGCGGAGCUGGCCUCGGCCGCGGCUCAGGUCGUCUGCACACGUCCAGUUCACCUGCGCCUGGGUCUGCCGCCACGGUCCCAGCGGCGGGGCUGGUUCUGGGGCUUCUCGGGAAGGACCCCAGACUGCGGCACCCGCACACCCCGCGCUGUUUACAAAAGGGGAUGAAACGUGGCAGGAAAAGAACAGUCCUCCCGGUUUUGUUGCUGAGCCCACCCAGCUUCCGGGCGCCUGCGUGCAGGUCCACGCCGUGUGCUUCCGUCCAUUUUCCUGAGGCUCCUUCACAUUUUCAGAGAGACCCUUUCAGGCAAAGACUCUGCCUGAACGAUGCUGAGCUCCCAGCCCGUGGGGAUAGAAGUGACUCUGCACCCUCUUCCCCGUCCCGCAGUACAGAGGGGCAAAGCUGGGGGCCCCAUGUUAGUAACCGCAGCCUGAUGUUAAAUAAUUUCAUGGUACAAUAUAAGCCUUUCUCGUUGUCAAGUAUUGAAUGUUAUUUUUCAGCUAGAAAAGUGGAAAGUGUUGGACGGCUUCUUCGGGGUCACUUCCACCUGGUGAAUGUUGGAUUUGAAGGGGCGGGGAGGGGGGCCGUCCCUUCUCGUCACCUCCUGAUAAUCUCACUGCAGCAUGGCCGGUGCCUCCCCCAGGCGGACGUGCCGCGGUGUUCUCACCCCGCCUCACCUGGGCGCCAGCGUAGGUCUUCCAGGGAGAAGCCGCACACCGCCACUUGGAUUAAGACAGGCCCUUUCACAGAGUCUGCUCUGGCUGUGGGGUCUGGUUGUGGAGCGGGUCGGAAGUGAGGGCCGCGGCCGGGUCUCCCCACCCAGCUCUCUGGCACCUCGGAUGCCCGUGCCUGCAGGACAGCAGCCGUGUUUGUCUCACUCAGCUCUGAGAUGGUUACUUCGUGGAGAGAGACGUGGCCUCCACGCCAGUGUUCAGUUCAGCACGACAGUCGCACAUAAGGGGUACAGAUAAGGGGACCCCAAGGCUGGGGCUGCCGGGACAGAGUCUACACCUGGGGUUGCUCAGGCAGAGGGGGUGUGACUCUGCCCUAAAAUGGCACCAUUGGGAUCAGCAAGUGUUCCAGAUAGCUGGAGGUCUUCCAGGGCUGGGAAAGCUACCACAGAGCCCGUGUCUACAGGACGGGGCCAAGAUGGACCAGCCGUGCUUUGCACGUAGGUGACGUCCAGGGCUCCCAGGAUGGCGUGACCCUGUGGGCGGGCACCGCCCCCAACAGCUGUCCUGGCUCUCGUCUGUGAUACCACGUCGUGGAGAGUCAAAGCAGUGUUCCUAUUCAAGGAAAUUAAAGGUUGUCUAUUUUUUACAAUAAAGCAUCAUAUAUUUUCG